UUUAGCGCCGGUAGAAACGUAGAAUGUCUUCCUCCGACUCUGUUACUGCCACCUCACAAGCUUCUCCAAAUGGUGAUGCAUGGAAUGCUGAUACGUACAACGCUGUUGCGUCCUUUGUAUAUUCAAAGGAGUUUACGACGCCGGUAUUAGGCCUCCUUAAUGCUCGGCCUGGAGAGCGAAUUCUUGAUCUUGGUUGUGGUAGUGGAGACUUGACGCUUGUGUUGAAACGAACUGUUGGUGAGACCGGAGUUGUGCUUGGUGUAGACGCAAGUGAAAACAUGGUCAAGAAAGCGAGACAGAAUGGCGUCACUGCUUCGUUCGUUGCCGACGCCCAGGAUCUACAGUUGCCGCCUGCAACGCCUAUAGAUAAGGAAGUUGCUGAUGCACUUCCAGAGGGGUUUGACUAUAAAUUCGAUGCAGUCUUCUCGAAUGCGGUGUUGCAUUGGUGUAAGAGAGAUCCAUACGCGGUUGUACGGGCCGUUGCGAAGGUCCUACGAAAAGGUGGACGUUUUGUUGGAGAAAUGGGUGGAUAUUUGAAUACUGUCGGUCUGAGAUCCUCUAUGCAUGCUGUAUUGCGCAAACGAGGUCUUGAUCCAGAAUCGCUCGACCCGUGGUACUUCCCUUCCACGGAUGAAUACAGGAAGGUCCUUGAAAGUGCAGGCUUCCGGGUUACACACAUCUCACUCAAUCCACGUAUCACACCACUUUCUUCAGACAUCAUAGACUGGCAGCGUACGUUCUGUCGGAAGACGAUCUUUGCGACUCUCAACGACGCGGAUGCGGAGGAAGUUAUGCGUGAAGUACAGGAUAUGUGUACUAUUGAUAGUAGGGAUGCGAAUGGAAGGUGGACGGUGAUGUAUUGUCGGUUGAGAUUUGUCGCGAUAUUGGAUUGAAGAUGACGGUGAUGGCCCAUCAACUUCGAAUAGAUCAGGCUCCACCUCGGCGUGGCAGUAGAAUCUACUUUGUGCCGAAUUAACCUUGUGUCUCAUUUCGGAAUACAUAGUAGGGAUGAUUAGACAGUACACGUUGUAUUGCGUAUUGCAUUGGACGUUGUAGUGAAAGCGUGCACCAAUAUAAUUU